CGUAAAUUAUAAUAGCCGUCAGAAGCUGCCUUUUGCAACUGCAACUUCUUCUGCUGCAUACUACCACAAGUGCGCAAUGGCUCGCGAACUGUUGGACACCCCUCUCCAAGCUUACAAAAGAAAACGGGCGGACGUAGCGGGCCCGUCAUGCGCCGCCUCUCGAGCUGCCGCGACCGUCAAAAAGCGCGUUAAAACGUCGACCCGGCCGUCUACUCAGUUUCUUUUGCCGUCCGGGAAACAUCCGCGGGGCAUAAAGCCAGCUGGAAACUAUCUAUUUGACUCGGCGCGAGGUGUGCGGGACUGUCGAAAGGGCGGGCUUGGCUAUCUAGCAUAUCUCCCGGACGAACUUCUCCUUGACUUGCUCGGGCAGUUGGAGGCGGCCGACCUCUCGCGGCUGGCGCGGUGUUCUCAAGCUCUCUACGUUUUCACCUAUCACGACGACCUCUGGAGGGCUUUGACUAUCAACGAGUUUGGGACCGGAGGAUGGGGUGUUUUCCAGAAUACGUGGAGGAACACGUAUAAAUAUCGCAAUUGCGUCGAUGCGGGACGGCCAGCUGCGUAUCUUCCGGACGUCCCGAUAGUUGUGGAAGGGAUUUACUCAGAUUUCCUGUUCACAAGCUUUCGCUGCGCCUCCGUUCCUUUGGAUGCGCUAUGUGGCGCCAGCAUCGACAAUAUCGAGCGUCGCUCCAAUCUCAGUUAUCGCGAAUUCGUCGUCGAGUACGCGAAGCCAAAUAAACCGGUGAUCCUCACUGAUGUCGUCUCCCAGUGGCCGGCAUAUGAGAAAUGGAGCGAAGACUAUCUGCUUGAACAUUAUGGAAAUAAGAUGUUCACCGCCGAAGCUGUGCGGAUACCUUUCCGGGAUUACCUCAGUUACUCGCAGAACUGCACACAGGACGAGGCACCCCUAUACUUGUUCGACAAGCGGUUCGCGGAAGGGACGAGCUUGUCGGAAGAUUACACUGUCCCAGAAUACUUCAAGGAAGAUUUCUUUGGCGUGCUUGGAGAGCAACGACCGGAUUAUAGGUGGCUCAUCAUAGGACCCGCUAGGAGCGGUAGCACGUUUCACGUGGAUCCCAACUCCACUAGUGCUUGGAAUGCCGUCAUCAGCGGAGCCAAGAAGUGGAUAAUGUAUCCGCCGGAAGUCAUUCCUCCGGGAGUGUUUCCCUCGCCGGAUGGGAGUGAGGUGACGGCGCCCUUGUCGUUGCCUGAGUGGUUUCUGAGUUUUUACGAGCAAACGAAAUCCGGUCCAUCGGCACCCAUCGAAGGAGUCUGCCGAGCGGGAGAGAUUCUGUUCGUGCCGCGUGGCUGGUGGCACGCCGUCAUGAACCUCGAACCCUCGAUCGCCCUAACGCAGAACUUCGUAUCAUCGGAAAACCUGCGCGAAGUCCUACAGUUCUUGCGUUGUCGCCGGGAGCAAGUGAGCGGAUUCUGUGAUGGGGAGAGUCUGUAUGAGAAGUUCACGGAGGCGUUCGAGGCCGCACAUCCUGGCGUGAUCGCGGAUUUGAUGAAGAAAGCUGACAUGCGUGAUGCACCCAAGGCAUCGACGGAUGAAAUACCUAAACCGUCGUCGCUUUGGAGUAUUAUGAAUGAGCUGGAAGGCGAAAGCGCGCCGCUCUUUAGCUUUGGUGGUGAUGAUUGAGCUGUUGUCGGGAUGGAAUAUCAUGCAGUUCUUAUUGUGGGGAAGAACCGUAUCUUUAAACUAGACUAGAUGGUAGAAGCCAUAGACUCUCUAGAUACAAUACGCCUUGCAUAGUAUUCAGUAGCAAGCUUUUCGCUCCAACUCUUCAGCCUUUCUUAGGGUGCUAACUU